UUCUGAAACCAAUUUGUUUCUUUCUUCAGUUGAUUUAAUUUCUACUGGUUUUAGCCACGUUGUCAACUUAAUUUUGUUAAUUAAUUACUUAGCUAAUUGUUCCCUUUGUGUAACAAGUUCCUUCUUUAAUCGUAAAUAAUCAACUAUGACUAAACCACAAUACAAAGUUGCUGAUAUUAAGCUCGCUGAGUUUGGGCGUAAGGAAAUUGAAAUUGCCGAAAAUGAGAUGCCUGGUUUAAUGGCCUUACGGUCAAAAUAUGGUCCAAGUAAACCAUUGAAAGGUGCUCGAAUUGCUGGUUGUCUUCAUAUGACCAUUCAAACCGCUGUUCUUAUUGAGACUCUCAUUGAUUUAGGUGCUGAAGUUCAAUGGUCAUCAUGUAACAUUUUCAGUACUCAAGAUCAUGCUGCUUCUGCCAUUGCUGCUCGUGGUGUUGCCGUUUACGCUUGGAAAGGUGAAACCGAAGAGGAGUAUCUUUGGUGCAUUGAACAAACCAUUUUCUGGCCUGAUGGUCAACCUCUUAACAUGAUUCUCGAUGAUGGUGGUGAUUUAACUAAUCAUGUUCACGAGAAAUACCCACAACUGUUAGCCGGUAUUAAAGGUAUCUCCGAGGAGACAACCACCGGUGUCCACAAUUUAAAUCGUAUGCUACGAAAGGGGCUUCUUAAAUGUCCAGCCUUUAACGUUAACGAUUCCGUUACCAAGUCUAAAUUUGACAAUCUUUAUGGUUGCCGAGAAUCAUUGGUCGAUGGUAUUAAACGGGCAACUGAUGUCAUGAUUGCGGGUAAAACUUGUGUUGUCGCCGGUUUUGGUGAUGUUGGUAAAGGUUCAGCCGGAUCUUUACGAGCUUUAGGUGCCCGAGUAAUUAUAACCGAAAUUGAUCCAAUUAAUGCACUUCAAGCUUGCAUGGAGGGUUAUCAAGUUACCACCAUGGAAGAAGCCGCACCCCAAGCAUCAAUUUUCGUGACAACAACCGGUUGUAAGGAUAUCAUUCGAGGUGAACACUUUGAGGUGAUGCAAAACGAUGCCAUAGUUUGUAAUAUUGGACAUUUUGAUAUCGAGAUUGAUGUUAAAUGGCUCGAUGCUAAUGCUGUUAAAAAGGUUGAAGUUAAACCUCAAGUUGAUCGGUAUCAACUUAAAAAUGGCCGACAUAUAAUCUUACUCGCCUCUGGAAGACUUGUUAACCUUGGUUGUGCCACUGGUCAUCCAAGUUUCGUUAUGAGUAACUCAUUUUCCAAUCAAGUUCUUGCUCAAAUUGAGCUUUGGACAGCAAGUGCAGGAAAAUAUCCCGUUGGUGUUUACCUGCUUCCCAAAAAGCUUGACGAGGAAGUGGCCGCUUUACAUUUACCUCAUCUUGGUGCUAAAUUGACUAAAUUGACUCAAUCACAAUCUGAUUAUCUUGGUCUUCCUAUUGAAGGUCCUUUCAAACCGGAAUUGUAUCGAUAUUGAUCAGUUAAUUAACUCGUUUCUCUUUUUUUUUCCAUUCAUUAUCAUGGAAAAUUUAACUCGCUUAGUAACAACAAUUAAGGGGAAAAAAUAUCUUUGUGUAUUUUUGGAAUCACUCUUUUGGACUUUAACAUAAUCAACUAAUUGUCAAUCAAACUAAUCCCAAGUUCACGUUUUAUAUGAGAUUAACGAUUAACUUUUUGUUAAUCUCAUUAAAAUUUGUUUAAGAAAAAAAAAA